AUGGUGACACAAAACUGCCAGCAAAAGUUACCAUUCACUGAAGCUUUUGACGUCUUCUCAUCGUCAAACCGACAAUCGAAUCAUGCUGCUGAUGUCAAUCGAUCUUGCCAAAUUAACACGUUUUCGGAAACGUCUUUGCCACAGCCACCGCUAAAUCAACAACAAUUAAAACCACCUUCAGCAAUACUUGAGUCUCAAAUGUUACAACUAAAUGAUGAUCAGCUUAACAAUAGAAUAUCAUUGUCACAGAUCACUCGAGAAUGUGCUGUAUGUUCAAUGGACAAACCAUAUAGUGAAUUCAUAGGGAACUACAGUGAGGCAUGUCGUCAUCUUGAACGAACCGUGUGCGAUGCAUGCGUAUACGAAAACACAAAAUUUCUUGUCGAAAAUACGAGUAUUUACGAUGAACAACUCAUAUGUCCCGAACAAAAUUGCAAUGCAACUUUCGACUUUUAUGCAAUUCGAGGUAUUCUUCUCGCCACAGGCAAAAGUCAUAUAGUAUUUGAAAAAUACGACAAAAAUUUGAUCUAUCGACGUCUUGAACAAAUGACCGAAUUUGUUUGGUGUGCACAUGAAUGUGGUUCCGGUCAAUUGCAUGAUCUCGAAGGAUUUUCGAGUCCCGAAGUUAUAUGUAUAAAAUGUCAACUACGAACAUGUUUUACACAUCGAACCAUCUGGCAUACGGGUAUAACAUGUGCCGAAUAUGAUCUUCAACAAAGUCAAUUACCUGAUGAUGGUACUUGUGCAUGGCUUGACCAAAACACUAAAAGAUGUCCACAGUGUCGAUGGUAUAUUGAGAAGAAUGCCGGAUGUAAUGAGAUGAAAUGUCGUCGCUGCCACCAUAAGUUUUGUUGGGAAUGUCAAGCCGAUUACAGAAUCAUUUCACGUGAAGGCAAGAGUAAUCAUCGCUCAUGGUGCAGUCAUUAUAAGCCAAAGCCUGUCAAUACGACCGAUCAGCAUCAGACCCAACGAUGGUGUAAUGUUCAAUAA